CAUCGUAUAUAGUUGCCCUGCUGCACAUGCGCCGAGUCAGUGCUUCUACGGACGCUCGCGAAACUAAUCGAAAUGAAGUUCCUCUCCGCCUGCCUCCUGUCCCUCGUGGCUGCCGUAGCCGCCCGCUCGGCCUACCAAUUCUCGAACGGCUACCUGGAAAUCCUCGGAGGGGAACCCAACCAAUCCUUCGACUGCGCGGGGCGUCCUUACGGAUACUACGCCGACGUCGCCAACGACUGCAGGAUCUUCCACAUCUGCCUGCCCAUUCCUGACGAUGCAGGGCAGGUCGUGGAGACUGCCCAGUUCUCCUUCUUCUGCGGCAACCAGACGGUCUUCAGCCAGGAGUCCCUCACCUGCGCCCACCCUCAAGAGGCGCUCCCUUGCUCAGAGGCGGAGGCCCUGUUCGAUAUUUCCAACGCUGACUUUGGCAAGAUUCCCGAAGUAACUAAUUAGGAUGUUUGUGAUGUUUCUACAACGGUGAUGCUGCGAUAUAUAUAUGUAUAUAUAUA